CCUGGCCCCUAGCUCCCACCGGGUCGGCCCGGCUCAGCCAUGAUCAAGGCAAUCCUCAUCUUUAACAACCACGGGAAGCCGCGGCUCUCCAAGUUCUACCAGCCCUACAGUGAAGAUACACAACAGCAAAUCAUCAGGGAGACAUUCCAUUUGGUAUCUAAGAGAGAUGAAAAUGUUUGUAAUUUCCUAGAAGGAGGAUUAUUAAUUGGAGGAUCUGACAACAAACUGAUUUAUAGACAUUAUGCAACAUUAUAUUUUGUCUUCUGUGUGGAUUCUUCAGAAAGUGAACUUGACAUUUUAGAUCUAAUUCAAGUAUUUGUGGAAACAUUAGACAAGUGUUUUGAAAACGUCUGUGAACUGGAUUUAAUUUUCCAUGUAGACAAGGUUCACAAUAUUCUUGCAGAAAUGGUGAUGGGAAGAAUGGUAUUGGAGACCAACAUGAAUGAGAUUGUUACACAAAUUGAUGCACAAAAUAAACUGGAGAAAUCUGAGGCUGGCUUAGUGCGAGCUCCAGGCCAUGCUGUAUCAGCUGUAAAGAAUAUGAAUCUUCCUGAGAUCCCAAGAAAUAUUAACAUUGGUGACAUCAGUAUAAAAGUGCCAAACCUGCCCUCUUGUAAAUAAAAAAAUUUAAAGGCCACUCCCAGGUAAAAUCCGGGGGAAAAGUCAUCUAAGUUUACCACGCAGUUGUUUACCAAAAAUAGAGGAGGAGAGUCUUAACUUUUGCUCUUGGAUUUAAGUCAAGGUGCUGU